AUGGAGCUGUUCGGCUUCAAAAUGGAGCGCAUCCAUUAUUUCCUGGGGCUUUUCUCGCUUGUCUAUUUCUUCGAGGCGAUCGGCGGCAUGUAUAUUGUGUCCGCGAUCACGAACAUCGAAAAGCAGUUCCAAAUUACGUCAAAAAUGUCUGGGAUUAUGGUCUCUGCAAAUGAUUUUGGAUAUAUCCCGGCGGUGAUUUUUGUCUCGUAUUUUGGAUCGAGGGGUAACCGGGCGCGAUGGAUCGGUUGUGGAACGGUUCUGAUUGCGAUUACCUAUUUUGGGAUUGCUUCUCCGAAUUUCCUAUUCCCAGUCGUUGCUCCUCAGGCGAAUUUGACUGAAAUCCAGCACGAUAUCCAACCAGCCAGUGAAUUAUUAACCGGAAAUGCAAGCCUGGCCGCUUUGCUAUCCUAUCGUUUGUUCCAAGAUCGUCUCCCAAAGCAACUUAUCGAUACGCUAUUGCGUAUGGAAAAUAAGACUAUGACACCUGCGCAAAUGACAACUAUGAUGACCACUACGGCGCCCAUCUUCACGAGGGACAACGCUUAUUUUACUUAUUCGAUCGAUCCAACUGUGAUGGCAAAGAUUGUCGAAACUGGCCAGUCAGUCGUGGAUGGCACCGAGUCACUCGAUACGUUCCGCGAGCUGCUCAACACAUUCAUCAGUCAUCGCCGAACGAAUGCCGCCCAAGAUCUCCAGCAAGUUCGACGCGCAGCUAUCGCGCCGUUUGCGAUUUGCGGGCAGCUCGUCAAUAAUCUGCGCCAAAAAUUGCAAGAAGUGCGAUGCUUGGAAAGUCCAUCAAACCUCGGCCCGUUCAUCGUACUCUUCGGCUCCCUAUUUGUAUUGGGCAUUGGAAGAACGAUGCCAUGGUCACUCGGAGUCCCGCUCCUCGAUGACAACAUCAAAUCAAAGAAUUCCCCGGCAUAUUUUGCAAUGAUCUCCUUCAUCCGAAUCCUCGGCCCGAUUUGUGGCUUCUUGAUCGGCUCGGUUUGCAACAAGUUCUACUACACGCUUCACCCCCCGCCCGGUUUAUCCCCGGCUGACCCAACAUGGAUUGGAGCUUGGUGGAUCGGAUUUGCGGUCAUUGGAUGUGUCACGCUGCUUCCAUCCACAUUCAUCUUGUUUUUCCCGAACCCAAAACUUACCCAAGAAGAAAAAGAUAACGGCAAAACCGAGCUUAACUUCAUCGAUAAGCAUAAGGCCGAAGAUGAGGACCAAAGCUCGAUGGAAAAAUUCAAAGGGUUUAUCAAGCAGUAUCGUGAAGUACUGAAGACAAAGAUUUAUCGAGGAUCGGUUGUUGGACGUAUUUGCGAUAUUCUGGCUUUCAAGGGAUACAUGACAUUUCUGCCGAAAUAUCUGGAGAAUCAUUUUGGAAUCCCUCAAUAUAUGGUCCAUCGUUAUAUGGCGAUGUUCGGAGUCUUUGGAUUUGCGUUGGGAACGAUGGCCGGAGGGCUGUUUGUUAGGAAAUUCCGUUUGACCGGAAAGCAAGCCGCAUUAAUGGUGCUUAUCAUGUCGACCCUGAACACUGGAAUCUUUUUCUCAAAGUCAUUUAUUGCGUGUGAAUCGGUGGUUUCAAGGGUUGGAUCAACUAAGAAGGCUGAAAGCUACAACUUUACCGACACCUGCAACAUGGACUGUGGUUGUGAUGGAGCAAAGCUCUAUCCUGUUUGUGAUGAAGAUGGUCAAGCUUUCUUCUCUCCCUGUCAUGCCGGCUGUCGUGAAGCUAAAGUGAACAAGCACAAUUCAUAUGAUGCGGAAUUCCUCUCUUGCGAUUGCGCCAGCACCGGGAUCGUCAAGAAAAGCUGGUGCCAAGACGAUUGCAAAUUUGCGACUGUAGUUUUUUUCGGGACUGUUUUACUCGGAGCUUUCAUUGCCGGAACUGGAGUUGUCCCUGGCCUGCUGAUUCUCCUACGAUCCGUCCCUCCGGCCACGCGUUCAGUUUCGCUUGGAUUGCAAGGCUUUAUGGUCAGCUUAUUCGGUACGCUUCCGUCACCAUUUAUAUGGGGAAUAAUCAUCGAUUCAACCUGUUUGGUUUGGGAAUAUACAUGCAGUGGUGGACGUGGAGCUUGUUCUCUGUACGACUCUACGGAAAUGAGGACGAGAAUGCAUUUCACUUAUACUGCUAUCCGCAUCGUUUCGUUGUUUACUGAUUUAUACGUCUACGUCAAUGCUACUGGACUAAAAAUUAUGGAUGAAGAAGAAAAGAAAGAAGACCACGAGGUCGAAGACGUCGUCCGCCGCGGAUCAGUCCGAUUAAGGGAAUUCAAGGAGCAA